UUCCGCUUCUUACUGGCGGGAGCUGCAAACCAGGAAGCGACUGCACUGCCUGACGGGAUAAACAAACAAACAAAAGAGUUUCUGCUCGUUUUCUUUAUUAUUAUUAUUGUAAUACAACAUGAAUCCUGAUCCUGCAGCAGAAUUAGAUAAAGGAAAGUGGAGUAAAACCCGAGAGGCCAUGGCUCAUUUCCGGAACUUGCUUUUGUGCUCUAAAUGCUCGAACAUCCUGAGUGAGCCGGUGUGUCUGGGAGUCUGUGAGCAUCUCCUGUGCAGGUCGUGUGCAGGUCCUCGUGUGGGAGACGGCUGCAGUGUGUGUCUCAGUCCCUCCUGGGUGAAAGACAUCCACAUUAACAGACAGAUCAGUAACAUCACACAGCUCUUCCUACAGCUGGAGGCAGUGCUCUGUCCAGCUGAGUGCUCAGCGCCUCCUCCCGAUCCUUCAGCUCCCUCUGCGGAACCCUGCGUCCCCUCUAAGAAGAAGAACUUCAAGAUUUGGUUCAGCCCAAAGAGCCGUAAAGUGCGCUGCCGCGUGGACACCCCGGAAGACUCGAACCCGUCUGUCCCAAAACGCUCCGACUCCAGCGCACUAUCCAUCUUCAACUUCACCUCCUCCUCGCAGGACUCGGGCUCCUCCACACCUCCCAGAACGAGAAGUGGCUCUGAGCAGAAGAAAAAGAAGACAAAAGGACGUAAGAAACGCAAGAACGUCGUUAGGAAAUUCAGGUUUCAGAGCAAGGCGAAGAAGAUGAGGCUGGAGGCCGUGAACCAGCAGUGGGGGUUUGGGAAAGAUGAUGCUCUUGAGAUGGAGGACGGGAAUGAUUUGGAGAACCAGAGUGAGGUAAGGAGCGGUAAAAGAGUGUCCUUUCAAUGUCCAAGCAGCAGCACUGAACAGGACGAGGAGGUUCCUCAGGCUGAGAACCAAGUUCUCAAUCUGACAAUGUCAACGAGGAGUAUCUUGAAGGACGGGACGGAAAUGACACCCGAGAUCCAACGUUCUCCUCCGAAAAGAUCCAACCCACAUGCAGGAAGCUUGCAGAGCACUCCAAAGCGCCCCAGAUUAUCUCCAGGCCAGAGCAUGAGAAAGAAGAGGAGAUCGGCUUUAUCUCCAUGUUUAUCUUCAGACACACAUCUAGGCGUUUCUGAAAGAUCUCCAAAGGAAAGUCCAGGAAGGACUCCUGCCACUGGGAGGAGCCAGACAAGCCCCGCCCACAUGAAGAGGAACCAUAAAGGAGAGACCCCCCUGCAUCUUGCCGCCAUUAAGGGGGACGUGGAGAUGACGAGAGAACUCCUGCAGCAGGGAGCCGACCCCAACCUAAAGGACCAUGCUGGCUGGACACCACUGCACGAGGCAUGUAAUCUAGGUCAUGUGGGUGUGGUGGAGGUGCUGCUCCAGCAGGGGGCACUGAUUAACACACCAGGCUAUGAGAACGACUCUCCUCUCCACGACGCCGUGAGGAACGGCCACGUCGCAGUCACCAAACUGCUGCUGGAGCACGGAGCCUCCACCACUGUCCUGAAUAUAUUUGGUCUUCGAGCUGUGGAUUACGCUGCGACCCCAGAAAUACGAGAGGUCCUUAGUUUGUUCCCUGAAGCUCCUCAUCCAGGAACCACAGUGCUGAGCUCUCCAACCAACCUGUUAAAGUCUCCAGCUGGGAUGAAGAAGGGAAUCCAGGUCAUUCUGAUUGGGAGUAAACUGACAGAAGCUCAGCAGAACCAGCUCAGGAGGGCAGCUCGAGAUUUGGGAGGAAAACGAGUUGAGACUUUCUCCAGUGCAGUCACUCAUGUGGUAGUGCCAGAUGGUCCUGUGCCCUCCACCCUCACUGUAUUGCAGGGAAUCCUCAACGGCUGCUGGGUCUUAACCUUCUCAUGGCUGGACGAGUGUCUGCAGCAGGGCUGCUGGAUAGACGAGAGCAGGUUCGAGACGGCUGAGGGUCCACAGAGGGCUCGAGUGAACCGAGUCAGUCUGCUGCCUCCUCUGUUCAACGGCUGCUUCUUCUACCUGAUUGGCUCUUUCCACAAGCCUCCGCGAGACGAGCUGGUGCAGCUGGUGAGGGCAGGAGGAGGCCAGAUGCUUAGCCGGCAGCCCAAAGCCGACAGUGACGUGACUCAGACGGUGAUGGCGGCUGCGUAUCACGCUCAGCCCGACUCGGAUCAGGCGUUCUGCACUCACUACGUGCUGUACGAGCCACAGAGCUCCACCAGGCCUGGCCCGGUACGUCUGGGCAAAGUGUGGUCAGCUCCUUCAUCAUGGCUGCUGGACUGCAUCAGGGCCUUCAGCCUGCUUCCUGUACCUGAGCUCUGACUUGCUUAAUGUGACGGGAUACAAAUCAUGAAUGUAUCGCAUCACGUCCCUGAUUUUUUUAUUUUUUUGCAUCACGUCAGUGUUGCGUCAUGACUAUAAAAGAUCCCUCUUUUACUGCGUAUGUAUUUGCGAGGACGUUUUUGGAAACCACAUUGUGAAAUUCGAUAUUCAUACAAUUGAUUCUCCAAUCACGCCCUCCAAGAAUUUGGCUGUUUUUUUUGUGUAGCCCUGCCCACAAAAUACCAUAAAAAGAAAGAUCACACAGAUCUAAAAAAAAAAAAAAAGACAAUUAAAUGGCUUUCCGGUAAAGCCAGAAAACACUACAAUAAUAAAACAUUUCAGAUUAAACAGGAUUUUUACGUAUAAAAUACUCCCGGCUGAUUGGACGAGACGUCUGUCACUCAAGAUAUCACUUUAUACCAGGAUUUCUAAUGUCUUCAAAUCUUUAAAAAAAAGACCAGCAAACGUUUCCUUUCAUUUCAAACGACUCGACUUCAGCCUGCUGUACUUCCUGUAUAUAUUGAGUGACGGAUAUCUCGUCCAAUCAGCAAUAAGUAAACCAUUCGCAAAUGUUUUUUUCCGUACUGUCUCAACUGUCGUCGUAGCAACAUUUUUCCUGAACUAAGUCGAUUUUUCAUGAAAACUUUUUUUUUUAAUAUGCAAAAGUUCCUACAUACUUUCUUCUUCUCUGAUUUGUCCCCCAAGUUGAAAUAUGAGUCCUGGUGCUCAUUACGACAAUUUUAGACAAAAUGAGAAAUUUAAUGAUUAAAUACUCACGGCUGAUUGGACAAGACAUCUGUCACUCGAGAUAUUCAGAAAGUACAGCAGACUGAGGCAGACGUCAAUUUGUUUGUAUGUAAGGAAACUUUCAGUUUUAUUAAGUUUAAAGCCGCACUAUUGUGCAAAAAAAGUGAUACUUUGAGCAACAGAUGUCUCAUCCAAUCGGACGUAAGUAUUCUAUCGCUGCCUUUCCGAUUUUGUCUGAAUUGUCGAAAUGAACGUACUUGAAAAACAUACUUACUCGGAAUUCUUUUGUUGGAACUUUUACAUAAAAAAAAAAAAAAAAACUAUUUUAAUGAAAAAUCCACUUUGUUUCGGAAAAUGCUGCUAUGCCAACGAUUCAUACAAUUCGGAAAAGGUGGAUAUAGUUAUGCGGAUGGUUUACUUAAUGCUGAUUGGACGAGACGUCUGUCACUCAAGAUAUCGCCUUUCCACCAGGAUUUUUAACCGUGUGACUUUAAAUCUGCAAAAGUUUCCUUUCAUUCAACGACUCGACUACAGCCUCAGCCAGCAAUACUUCCUGUAUAUCUUGAGUGACGGUUGUCUCGUCCAAUCAGAAUUAAGUAUUACAUUCCCAAAACUAUAUCCACUUUUUCCGUAUUGAAUGGAAUGCGAAUUGUCAUCGUAGCAACAUUUUUUUGUGGAUUUUUCAUAACACUUUUUGUUCCUACAAUGGAAUUUAUUCCUGUUUGAUAUUGAGUGUUUGUGGAUCACAAUUUUUUUGUUGUUUUUUUUGUCUUGUCUCAUUUUCAUUUCAAGCCACUUAAGCACAUGUAAAGAACUUCUGUAAAAUGAAAUGUAUCUAAUGGGAAAAAAACAGUAUGAAUCAGUAAUAAAAAUAAACAUAGUCCA